GUGGGACUAGAUGCUGCCAUGGUGCAGGCCACAGUUCAGGAGAUGGCUCGCCAAGCCAUUGGCGUGGAUGAUGAGCUCUUCUUGGACAGUGCCCUGAUGGACUCCGGCAUGGACUCCUUGACAGCUGUCUCCUUUAGGAAUGGCUUGCAGCAGCAGCUUGGUGUUAAGCUGCCUUCUUCGCUGAUGUUCGACUACCCGACCAUGAAG